AUGGAUUCGUUCUCAUUCUUACAAAAUCGCCCCCAUUAUUUUGCUGUGUUGCUAAGCUUGCUCUUCUUUUUUGAAGGUGUUUCAGGUGCUACUUUCUCAUUUGUUAACAAAUGUGAUCACUCAGUCUGGCCAGGAAUUCUAGGCAGUCCAAAACUAGACAGCACUGGCUUUGAACUUUCUAGAGGCACGUCUCGCUCCUUCCAGGCUCCAACAGGCUGGUCUGGUCGAUUCUGGGGCCGAACAGGCUGCAAUUUCGACUCCUCAGGCCAUGGUUCCUGUGCUACCGCAGACUGUGGCUCUGGCCAAGUCGAGUGUAAUGGAGCUGGAGCCACACCGCCUGCUACUUUAGCAGAGUUCACUCUCGGCUCUGGUUCACAGGAUUUCUAUGACGUUAGCCUAGUUGAUGGAUACAAUUUGCCAAUGAUUGUAGAAGUGAAUGGAGGUUCAGGCCAGUGUGCGUCUACAGGGUGUGUCAUGGACCUUAAUAUGAAGUGCCCGACGGAGCUGAGAGCUGAGGGAGGCGGCGCUUGUAGAAGCGCCUGUGAGGCAUUUGGGAAGCCUGAGUACUGCUGUAGUGGCGCGUAUAACUCACCGGCAUCUUGCAAGCCUUCCAUGUAUUCUCAAUUGUUCAAAAGUGCUUGUCCGAAGUCGUAUAGCUACGCAUACGAUGAUGCUAGUAGCACUUUUACUUGUACAGGAGCGGAUUACACCAUUACAUUCUGCCCCAAACUCCCCAGUCUAAAGUCUUCAAGUGAUUCGCCUCCGAAAGAAAUUGGGGGCACAGCAAUUGAUGGGUCAGGAACAGGGACAGAGGGAGCUGGAGGGAUGGAAUCAGGUUCCUCAGCACAGCAAUCUGAAUUAGAUAGUUCAUGGCUGGCAAAUUUGGCCAUUGGAGAGUCAACAAGAACCCAAACCCACCAUCCCUUAGUUCUCCAAUUUGCAUUAGUUUUGGUCACAUCUCUUAUUCUUUCCUACACUCACUUGUAG